AUGUCCAACACCGGGAUGUUCCUGCGAGACAACAGCGGCAGCAUCAUCUUCAGCCUCUGCAUGAUCGUCUGCGUCCUCUACUGCCUCAUAUGCAGCAGAUGCCGUCGCCACCGCAACCGCGCCGAUCGGCCGCCGCAGGUUGCUCUUGCCAUGUCCGCCGGCGGAGCUGCGACCCGCGACGAGCCUCUCGAUGCCGGUCUCAGCCAGUUGGCCAUCGACGCGCUGCCGGCCUUCGCACACCAUGUGGAUUGCAAAGACACCUGCCCCACGACCCACUGUGCGGUCUGCUUGAAUCCGGUGAUGGAAGGGGAGAUGGUGAGGCUGCUGCCCGGCUGCAGACAUGCCUUCCACGUCGAGUGCAUCGACAUGUGGUUGCACUCACACUCGCUGUGCCCGCUAUGCCGGGCCGAAGCCAAGCCACCGGCGCCAGCCGAGAAGGUGGAAUUGCGCAGAGAUCCCGGCCCUCAGCCUCUGCCGAUGGUGUAG